AUGGUGGCAUUAUACUUUACUAGUCAAUUACGAAUCCUGGCGGACUGGCCCGUUUUAGGCGUCGUACUUCGCUGCAGCGCCCCACGUGACGGCUACUUAUCGAUAAGAUCCCUCUUGAAAUUUCUCACCUGCAACAAAGCGAACGACCGACGCGAAUUGGGACUCCACGAAGUGAACGGCUGUGGAGCACUCACGGGCUCUAAUGAAGAGUCCUCUGCAUUAGCGACUCCAGGAAGCACCAUGUCGGCUCCGUUAAUUCUCCUACCGGGAGACACGGUCCCAAGCCACCUCAAAACCGCCAGUAACAACUCUCUCAAACUCGGCCAAAACCUCCACGUUUUAUCACACGCCACAUCACCCAUCCCGAUCACAAGCACCCAGGCUGGCCUUCUACUCCAAGAUCCCAAGCGUAAUUCCGUUAAUAUUCUCACCUUUCCACGCCGCUGCUACAUCCCGCAGCCCAGCGAUCUUGUUAUCGCUCAAAUCCACCACUCAAGUGCCGAUUAUUUUCAUUGCACCCUCUCCCCGCACACGCCGCAUGUUUUCCUCCCACAGUUAGCUUUCGAGGGCGCCACGCGGAAAACGCGCCCACAGUUGAAAAGUGGCGAAUUAGUGUAUGCGCGUGUGCUGUCGGUCGGCUUGGGGCCAGGCGCUGAAAUUGAGUUAACAUGUGUGAAUCCCGCGACAGGCAAGGCAGAGCCGGGUGGGCUUGGGCCUCUGAAUGGCGGAAUGGUGUUUGACGUUUCGGUGGGUUUGGCGGGGAGGUUGAUGUCUCCGGGAGGAAGUGGAGGUGUCGUAGUGUUGGAGGAGCUGGGAAAGAAACUUGAAUCGCUUGGGGGGUUCGAGAUUGCCGUGGGAAAGAAUGGAAGAGUAUGGGUGGACAGUUCGGCUGGUGGAGAAGAAGGGAUUAAAAUGAUUGUCGCGGUUGGUAGGUGUCUGAGAGAGGUGGAUGAAGAGAAUUUGGAGGUUGGGGGGCAGAAGAAGCUGGUUUCGAGGGUCCUUAAGCAGAUGGGACUUGGAGCCUGAUACCCAGCAGCUUCCUACUGACGGUGACCAUUGUACUCGCAUCGCUUCCCUUGUCGAGUUAUACUAAUACGUUU